AUUCGGUUUUGUGGAGGUGGGGGGGAGGGGGAGCGGAAGGAAGAACCCGGCUUGGGUGGCUCAACCAUGUCAGAAGGGGACAGUAUUGGUGAGUCUGUGCAUGGAAAGCCUUCUGUGGUCUAUAGAUUUUUCUCCAGACUUGGACAGAUCUACCAGUCCUGGUUAGACAAAUCUACCCCGUACACGGCGGUGCGAUGGAUUGUAACUUUGGGGCUGAGUUUUAUCUACAUGAUUAGAGUUUAUUUACUGCAGGGUUGGUACAUUGUGACAUAUGCCUUGGGAAUCUACCACCUAAAUCUCUUCAUAGCUUUCUUGUCGCCAAAGGUAGACCCCUCUUUAAUGGAAGAUUCAGAUGAUGGCCCUUCCUUACCUACAAGGCAAAAUGAAGAAUUUCGGCCUUUCAUUAGAAGGCUCCCAGAGUUUAAAUUCUGGCACUCUGCCACUAAAGGAAUCCUGGUUGCUAUGGCAUGUACAUUCUUCGAGGCUUUCAACGUUCCUGUGUUUUGGCCCAUCCUUGUGAUGUACUUCAUUAUGCUCUUUUGUAUCACUAUGAAGAGGCAAAUCAAGCACAUGAUCAAGUACAGAUAUAUACCCUUCACACACGGCAAGAGGAAAUACAAAGGGAAAGAAGACGUGGGGAAGACCUUUGCUAGCUAGAAGAUGCAAUCAACCUGUCGACCAAUUCUACUUCUAACUAAAGGAACGAUUUUGAGCCAUUGUAACAAUGCCUUUUUUCUUCAUAAAAAAAUAAUUAAUGGAGUGGUGACAAGGCAGUUGAAUUUUCAUUUUAAGAGGAUCUUGCUAUUUUUACCUGCAAUAUCAGUUUCUUGAAGGAACUGGCAUUCUAACCACAUUGCAUUGAGCCCAUUAUCUUUUGUAAGAAGUUGGAGAAACUUUGGCUAGUCCCAUGGAUUUGGGAUAAUGUUUUCCUUUCAAUAACCAUUGCACUGGAGAGAUGAAUGGCUUGGAGUUUGGAUAUUUUUACAUUUUCUCCUGCUCAGUAUCACCCUGAAGUGCUGUGCACAUGUGUGGAGGAAAGAUGUCAGGUGGCACACGUGAUGCUGUUUUCUGCUUCAUGGCCGUGUGCUGGUUCCAUAGAAAAAUUCAGUAGAGCCAAAUAGAUGCAGAACUUAAGCCAGUUUCCUAAAUGCAUGGUAUUGCUGAGUUAUAACCAAACAAAUAUAGGUAGGAAUAAGAACUCUACUAAAUUAUGGGGUUUGCAGUAGGGGAACAAUACUCAGAGCCUCUGAAGUAACUCAUUUGUGUUGGGUUUCAAUGCCAGUUUCACCAUCACGACUCCUAGCAGAUGCUAAAUUGGGCUCUUUCAUGAUGACUCAAAACUUGGUUCAGACUCUAUCACAAUUCCUUGGAGGACCUGGAAUUACAAAAAUAUAUAUUUUAAUUGUUAUUAGUUGGAGUUUCUUUGAUACUUAAGUGUUUCUUGGUUAAUUUAAGCUGACUCGAUGCAGCCCUUUCAGAACAUAGCCGAACUGGCCAUAGCAGACAAGUGGUGUGGGAUUUAACAUAGCUUUUUCAUUUUCUAUGGGGAAGAAAAA